AUGUCAAAGACUCGCUCAAGCUCGAAAGUCGAAGGCGAAGGGUGUCUUGUCAAUCCUGAUCAAAAGAUAGAAGCUUUUAUGAAAUCAGAUGAUUUUAGAGCAGUUCUUUCUACAGCAAUUAAUGUCGCAGUUGAAGCGGCUAUCAAGUGUUUUAAGAACGAAUUCGUUGAACUAAUCGAUGUUAGAAUGAAAGCGCUCGAGGACACGAAUACUCGCUUAAAACGUGAAGUGACAGAGCUGCAUCGAAAGUUGGGUGAAGUCGAUGCUAAAGCGAAUGAAAAUGAGCAGUACUCUCGCCGAAACAAUCUACGUUUCUAUGGUAUUACCGAGAAAGAAACAGAGGACUGCUACGAUGAAGUUGUGAAAUUUUGUGAUCGCGAGUUGGGAGUGGCAAUCGAGCGAAGUGAAAUUGAUCGUGCUCACCGAAUCGGUAAACCCCAGCACGACGAUGGCCGUCCUCGUGCUAUUAUUAUCAAGCUUAAAAGCUUUCACAGCAAGCUAUCAAUAUUAAAAAACAAGCGUAGGCUGCGGGGAGAAUCUUUGUAUGUGAAUGAAGAUUUAACAAGAAUCAACCAGCAAUUGUUGAUGUAUGCGAAAGAAAAGUGCCGUGAUACAGCUUCGGUCUAUACCUCUGAUGGUCAUAUCUUUGUUAAGAGAAAAUAUGAUGGUACAAUUUCUAUUAUUAAGCAAAAAGAGGACUUGAGUACAUAUUCAUGAUCGAUAAUCUCCUUCCUUUACCUUUUACUCAAUUUCAUUAUACUUUGUUAGUUAUAUGAGUGCUUUUUCUAUUACUUUGUCCUUUAUUGUGUUUAUUCUUCUUGUAUCUAAUUGUUUAACUAUUGAGCAGCCCGAGGUAAGUUUAUAUUGGUAUUUUAAUCCCAAUGGAGCCUAGCUUGAUAAUGCAUAGAGCAGCUAUUUGGACUCUUAUUAGUCAAUUUUUAUGUAUUGAAGAUAAGGUGGCGGUAUGCCACUUAGCUUAUUUAGUUUUGUUAAUUCUAUUGUCUGGAGAUGUUGAAAUUAACCCCGGUCCACGUAAUUUAACAUUAAAUAUAGGCCAUAUUAAUGCUAGAAGUUUGAAUGUUGAAGACAAAUUUGAUGAGAUUUCGUCUCUUGUUAUCGAACACAAACUAGAUAUUUUUGCUGUUUCUGAAACUUGGUUAAAUCCGAGUAUUUCUGGUGAUUUAUGAUGUAUACCAGGCUUUAGUCCAAUGUUUAGAUUGGACAGAAAAGAUGGUAGAAGAGCGGGGGUGUUGCAUUGUAUGUUUCUUCUAGUUUAGCUUCUAUAAGGCGUAAUGAUUUAGAACAUGAUGAUUUUGAAUUAUUGUUUGUUGAAAUCAAAGUCAAUUCUUUAACAUUUGUUUGUGGUGUUUGUUAUCGACCACCAAAUAAUAAUUCGGUACUUAAUGAUGCUCUCUUGGAUCAUUUACAAUUUUGUGUAGGUAGUAUAAAUGCUAGACCCGGCACUUUUGUUUUACUUCUUGGGGAUUUUAAUGCUCACUUUGACGCAAACGAUAUUCAGUCUAGUAGUGAUUUCGGAAUAAAUUUUUAUAGGUGGAUGGAGUGCAAUAGCCUUUUUCAAGUGAUAAAUGAACCAACUCGUAUAACAGCACACGGUGCCUCAAUACUUGAUUUAAUUAUAACAAAUUCUCCGGGAUAUUUUGUUAAUUCUGGUACUUUAAGCCUUCCAUAUAAUUGUGACCAUUCUUUAGUUUAUGCUCGGAUAAACAUUUCCUUUGCCAAACAAAAAUGUUAUAAACGAGACAUUUGGGACUUAGCCAAAGUAGAAUCUAAUACGUUAUGUCAAGCCUUGUCGGAGGUGAACUGGGACAAAUUAUUUCAGGAUGUUGAAAAUGUUGAUGAUUUAUAUAAUGAGUGGUUUAAUUGUUUUGAGCAUGCAAGUACUUAAAACCUUUGUUCCGAACAGAACAGUUGUAAUUCGUCCAAGAGAUAAACCUUGGAUGACUUCUGAAAUUAGAAUUAAUUGUAGAUUAUCUCCAGCAUGUUCAUGUGGAGAUUCUUGUGAAUCAGUCAUUCAUUAUUUGUUAUAUUGUCCUCGUUAUGCUGCUCUUAGAUUAUCCUUACUCUCGGUAGCUGCUCAAAUUUAUGGUGAAGGCCGGUAUCUCUUGUCGGAUUCUCAAACGUCUAAAAUAUUUUUGUUUGGUUCAACUGAUCUGAGUAAAGAAAGUAAUAGAUGUAUAUUUAUUCAUGUUCAAAAAUAUAUUAAGCAAACUAAUCGUUUUUCUAAGAAUUAAUUUAUUACUUCUGAACCUUCAAUUGAACCAGCUUUUAUCACUUUUGUUGUUUUUUUUUUUCCUCUUUCUUUGUAAUGUUCGUAUUGUCAAAUGUAGUGUGAGCCCCUCGAUGAGCGUCCACGCUCUUGGGUAAACACUAAGGGGCCAUUCACAAAGGAUGUCCGGCCAAAUGAUGGAUUUUCAGACCCCCCCUCCCCCCCUUGUCCGGCAUUGUCCGAAUUAGUGACCCCCCCUCCCCCCGGACAUCCGCCAUGCCUCGCAAAAACUCACGCAAUCUUGUAUAUAUCAAGAGUAAAAAACUUUUACUUUUAGAACUUUUUUAUAACUGUAAAUGUGAACACAAAAACAUAUAAAUUACUAAUUAAAACAAAAUCUAGUGUUAACCGCAUAGUCAAAAUGCCAAUUUCACAAUGGGAAAGACUGCUCAAAAUAGAGGGAAAAAAGAAAUUUGUUUUUGAAUUUUUUUAAAUUUCGGACAUCCGGAUUGCUAAAAACCCCCCCUCCCCCCCUAUGUCCGAGUUUGUCCUGAUUUUCCAAACCCCCCCCCCCCCCUCGGCUCGGACAUCCUUUGUGAAUGGCCCCUAAAGUUAAUAAAUAUGUUCAUAUAAAAAAAAAUAACUAUGAUGAAAUUAAUCUUUGGGAUGACCAUGGAGGCAAGAAGGCUGUAAUGAAAAGAGAAACUAAAUACCCGGAAAGAGUGAUGGACAGUAAAUCGUGCUAUUCGAUUCUGUUUUGUGGAAAUGCAAAAGGGUAUAUGAUUCCACCAUACACUGUAUAUAAAUCAGUGCAUCUUUAUGAUACUUGGAUAAGAGGAGGACCUAAUGAUGCCCGUUACAACAGAACUCGCACUGGCUGGUUUGACGAGGUUUCAUUUGAAGAUUGGUUUUUCUCCCUUGUUCUUCCCAAAUUGAGGAAGCAAGAUGGGAAAACGGUUCUCAUAGACGACAACUUGUCAUCCAAUCUCAACACCCGUCUCAUUGAAUCAUGUAACUAGCACAGCAUCGCAUUUAUAUGCAUUUUUCCUAAUGGUACACAUCUAUUGCAGCCACUGGAUGUGGCUUACUUUGCUCCACUGAAGAAAGCAUGGAGAGCAUUACUGUUUGAUUGGAGAAAAACGGCUGUUGGACGUCAAUAUGACACUUUACCAAAAGAACAGUUUGCAGGGCGGCUGAAGAAGCUUAUUGAGAAGUUAAGCGAAGGCAAUAGCAAGCAGAAUUUGGUUAACGGGUUCAAGGCUUGCGGAAUUUGGUUAACGGGUUCAAGGCUUGCGGAAUUCAACCCAGAAGAAGUUUAUCGCAAACUGCCAAGUGAAAACACCAUGAGAGUACUAGUCCUAGUAAAGCGCUGGACACACUGGCCAAUAUGCGAGGUGAAGAUGCGAGACAGCUCAAAGACGUCCGAAAGAGAAACGUCUUGA